CCCAAAAUAAAGUUCCCAAAAGGUCUUUUAAAACUGUUUUGUCACCCUUGAGAAUGGCAAGGAAGACCAAGGCGGUUACAAAGGAUAUGAAAGAAUCAGAGACUCCUGAUUGUUUGCUUUUUAGUCCUUCAAGAAACAUCACUAAGGCUAACUUUUUGGAUAAGAUGAGCAAGAGAAUCAAAAAGAGAAGCAAUAUUGAGCUUCAAAAAGUUCUACAGCUUCAGAUAAAUAGGAUCAAGAGUUUAUCUCCAAACAGGAGGCUCUAUAGUAAAUAUUCUAAGGUUACUCCCAUAAUUAAAGAAAGCCUGUCAAGGUAUAUAAGCCCAAUGACUAGAAAUCUUCAGAUUAGAAAGUUGUCGAAAGUAAAGAAGGCAAAUGUGGUGUCUAAGCUUGGCAAAAAAUUCACUCCUGCUAGGAAGAUAAAUAUGAAAAUUAUGACUAAGUUAAUUAAGGCCAAGACUAAAGCCAGAAGGAAGAAUCCUUCUAAUUCAAGCCUAUCAAGGAUAUUCGGAGAGCCUGUUUUGUCACCUAUGAGACAUGGAGCUUCGGAAAAUAAGAGAUAUGAAAAUAUUCAGAAUUUGAAGCAUGGGAGUAAUUUUAGCCAAAAUGUACUGACUUCUGAAAAUAUUCAUAAGAGAAAGACGAGGAUGUCUAAUCAGACUUCUAUUGGGAAACAUUUUGAAGUUUAUAGGUCUCUUAGCCCUGAGGAGGGUUCCUUCAAUAUUUUGGAGAAAUACAUUCAAAGUGAUAGUCUGAAAAAUGAAUUGGAUCCAUGACUCUCUGAGCUAACCAUGAACGACACAAGCGUCCUAAUUGAUACUUUCUCUCAGAAAAAGGUGUAUAAUAAUCAUCAAAUAAAAAUAAAAUUUCCCUAA